UUCCCUCUCUUUUCUCUUCUCAUUUUCAAACCCAUCAAACAACAAACAACAAACAACAACCUCAAUUCUUGAGCAUGUCUUUGAGUUUCACUGACCUCCUUUCAACCAACAACAGCAAUAGCAUGACCAUGGAUGAUGAUCCUUUUGGACUUGAAUUUGCCAACAACUUCAAGUCCCUUCAACCUCUUUCACUGCCUCACUCUUCUCCUUCAUCAAUCUUCCCUUCUUACUCUAGUUUCCCACCUGGUUUUGGCCCAACACAGCCAUUGAAUUCACCUCUCUUACUUUCUUCUCAAAAUGUUCCUGCAUCUUACCCAGAUGAGUCAUCUUCUAGCAUGAACUUCAACAUGAGAAACAGUUCAACCGAGGAAGAACAAGGUAGAAACUACUCUGACCACUCUUUCCAACAAAAAACAAACUACAUGCCUCUCUUUCAAUCCUCCACAAACAUGUUUCAAGUGGAUCCACCAAGAGACGAUCCACCAAUGAUAUUCAAUGAAGCUGCAAAGCAAACACAUUUUUCAUCUGAGAGGACAGCAACAAAACCUGAAUAUGCAUCAACUCAGGGCUUCUCCACAGAAAUGGCCUCAACAAAACCUGAAAUACCAAGCAAUUCUGCUUCUGGGUCUGUUCAUUUUAACUCCACUAGUGCUUUCAAGUCUAUUAGAGAACUAAAGAGAUCAGACGAUGGGUACAAUUGGAGGAAGUAUGGAGAGAAACAAGUGAAAGGAAGCGAAAAUCCAAGAAGUUAUUACAAGUGCACACACCAGGGUUGCCCAACAAAGAAGAAAGUUGAGAGGUCUUUGGAGGGACAUGUUACUGAAAUAGUAUACAAGGGGAGUCACAAUCAUCCCAGGCCUCAGUCUACAAGAAAAACUGGUUCUCAAUUAAUUAAUCAAACUUCUUCAUCCUGCACCAACUCAGGGAUCUCUGAUCAAUCUAUGGGAGAGGAAGAUUUUGAGCAAACAUCCCAAACUAGUUAUUCUGGAGAGGGUGAUGAUCACCUUGGACCAGAGGCCAAAAGGAAAAGAGUGAAUGAAAAUGAUGGUUAUUCCUAUUCCUCCUCUGGGAGUAGAACUGUUAAGGAACCUAGAGUUGUGGUUCAAACCACAAGUGAAAUUGACAUACUUGAUGACGGAUACAGAUGGAGGAAAUAUGGACAGAAAGUAGUUAAAGGAAACCCAAACCCCAGGAGCUAUUACAAAUGUGUAGCCCCGGGUUGUCCAGUGAGAAAACAUGUUGAGCGAGCUGCACAUGACAUGAAAGCUGUGAUUACAACUUAUGAAGGGAAACAUAACCAUGAUGUACCUAUAGGAAGAGGAUAUUCAAGCUAUAGCAUGAACAGAACUUCUCUAAAUAACAACACCACCAGCAAUGUAACAGCACCUGCCCCUAUAAGGCCCCUACCAGUGACUAAUUUUUCUAACAAAGCAAGUUUCAGCAAUUCACUUGAUGACACAAAGCUACCAAUAUCUGCAAGUCAAGAACCUUUUUCAAUGGACUUUUUGCUGAGCCCCGGAAGCCUUGGAUUUUCGGCUAAUGACUCAUCAUUCCUUCAGUCUUUUUUGUCAAAGAACUUCUAGACUUGGAAUUGGAAUUGUACACAAAUUAAUAAUAUCUUUGGUAUGCUUUUGUAUAGCAUAUAGGAAUAGAAUAAGAAAAUCAGGAAUCAGGGCCAUCUACUAAUUUAGUUACCAAGAGAUUAGAGACUAGAACCACAGUAUUCUAAAGUUUGACAAGAGUUAGGCCUGAUUUCAACUUACAAUUUUGUAAUAGCAGAUACAGAAAACGUGUUGACUCUAGAAUUCUAUCAUUCUUUUGUUGCUUUGGCUGAGUCUUGCUACAGUCAGUUACUUUCAAAGAUUUAUGUUAUUGUUAGCAAUUUAUUUCUACUCUGGCAUACUAAUAUCUACUCAGUUACUAGUUAUUGUUA